GACCUCGUUCGGUCACGACUCGCCGCGGGGCGGGACUUGUGCUGUCCAAAGGGCGCUGGCUGCCAGAGUGGACAUGGCGGCCGGCCCUACCAGGGCCGUGCUGGCCGCCCUGGGGGUGCUCAGUGUCUGUGCUGCCAGCAAUUCUGGGCCCGUGGCGGAGCGGGAGGCCGACGGGGAGGCGGAGUGGGCGGAACCGUGGGACGGCGCGGUUUUCCGGCCGCCCUCGGCGUUGGGCGCGGUGGGGGUAGUGCGCAAUCUCGGGACCCCGGGGAGGGAGGAGACAGGGGACUUGCCGGUACUGCUGUGGUGGAGCCCGGGGCUGUUUCCCCACUUCCCCGGAGACUCGGAGCGCAUCGAGUGUGCGCGCGGCGCGUGCGUGGCGUCCCGGGACCGACGGCUGCGGAGAGACUCGCGGACGCGCGCACUGCUCUUCUACGGCACCGACUUCCGAGCGUCUGACGCACCUCUGCCGCGCCUGGCACACCAGAGCUGGGCGCUUCUGCACGAGGAGUCGCCCCUCAACAACUUCUUGCUGAGCCAUGGCACGGGCAUCCGCCUCUUCAAUCUUACUUCCACCUUCAGCCGGCACUCGGACUACCCCCUGCCGCUGCAGUGGUUGCCAGGGGCCGGCUAUCUGCGCAGCUCUGCGCCUCCGCUCCAGGAGCGCGCAGAGUGGCGCCGCCGGGGCUACGCGCCGCUACUAUAUCUGCAGUCCCACUGCGACGUGCCUGCGGACCGGGACCGCUAUGUGCGGGAGCUCAUGCGCUACAUCCCGGUGGACUCAUACGGGAAAUGUCUGCAGAAUCGGGAGCUGCCCUCUGCGCGCUUACAGGACACGGCCACGGCCACCACCGAGGAUCCAGAGCUCUUGGCCUUCUUGUCCCGCUAUAAAUUCCAUUUGGCCCUUGAAAAUGCCAUCUGUAACGACUACAUGACGGAAAAACUGUGGCGCCCCAUGCAUCUGGGUGCUGUGCCUGUGUACCGGGGCUCUCCCAGUGUGAGGGACUGGAUGCCCAACAAUCAGUCUAUCAUACUUAUUGAUGACUUUGAGUCUCCUCAGAAGCUGGCAGAAUUUAUUGACUUUCUGGAUAAGAACGAUGAGGAAUAUAUGAAAUACCUGGUGUACAAACAACCUGGGGGUAUCACCAACCAGUUCCUUCUGGAUAGCCUGAAGCACCGAGAGUGGGGAGUGAAUGAUCCUUUACUGCCUAACUACCUCAAUGGCUUCGAGUGUUUUGUUUGUGACCACGAACUGGCUCGUCUGGAUGCCGAGAAAGCACAUGCAGCCUCUCCUGGGGACAUCCCUUUGCCUGAGCCUCGCAUUGCCCAGCCCUCACACAUGGACUGUCCAAUGCCUAUGCCUGGCUUUGGCAAUAUGGAAGAGAUUCCUGAGAAUGACAGCUGGAAGGAGAUGUGGCUGCAAGAUUAUUGGCAAGGUCUGGACCAGGGGGAAGCUCUCACUGCUAUGAUGUAUAACAAUGAAACACAGCAAAGUAAAUUUUGGGAUUACCUACAUGAGAUCUUCAUGAAAAAGAACCAAAAUCUCUAAUUGCCCUUGCACAAUUCUUUAAUUUAGUAGAGCAAAGGAGAUCUUGUUCUGCCAUGGAACAUAAGGAUAUCCACUGCACAGACUCUUAAUAAAUGUUAUCUUUUCAUGGAUUCAGGAAGUUCCGGUUACAUCCACUGCUAUUUUGUCUUAAUGGUGCAUCACCAAGGUCUCAGCCUGAGGUAAAAGGGCCUCUCUUCUCAGGGAGAGCUAGAGGCCUUACAAUUCUUGGUUCAGUGGGAGACAGAAGCCAUUUGAUUUGAGGGCUGGUCUAACAGAACUUUUAAAGGACUUCUCACUUCUCUGUUUUAUCUCUUCCAUUGUACUUGACUAUUUGUGAGGUAAGAUGGGUCAGGUUACAACUUACAACUUCUGUUCUAAUCCCUCAUUAUUCAGUACCUUUCCCAGUGAUUUCUUUUCAUUAUUUCUUGCUUUAUAAAAUGUUAUGUUGGUGAAGCAGAACUUCUGGUGGGUUGUUUUCUGGUUUGUUAGAGUUUUAAUUUGAGACCAAGUCUGAAGCUGGCACUCUGGGUAGAGUGCCAAGGCAUCAUAGCUCACAGCAACCUCAAACUCUUGG